AAUCCCAAGGAGCAAAGUGGACGGGGUAAACAGUGCGCAUGUACUAAUGAAUCUGAUGGUGCAGACCUGUGGCCAGCAGUCUGUGGAGGUGACCAAGGAGGUUUUCAUGGACAUGAACAGGACUGAUCUGGUGGAGAGGUUGUCAGAGACCAGCUCAGGACCCAAAGAGAAACAUCUGUCUAAACAGUUCCAGAAAAAAGUGAACAUGACAUCACUUCAGAGGAAGCUUUUCGAAACACUGGAAGAUUUAAGUUUUGGGGAGCUCCAGCAAUUCAAGUGUCUCCUGCAGCACAAACACGUGAACGAAGGCCUCCCAAGAAUCCCAAGACACCAGAUAGAGAUGGCAGACAGAUUUGAAAUAGUGGAGCUGAUGGUGGAGAUCUACGGCCAACAGUCAGUGGAGGUGACCAGGGAGGUUUUAAAGAAGAUGAGCAGGACUGAUCUGGUGCAGAAGUUGUCAGACAUCAGCUCAGGAUCUAAAGGGCCUUCAAGGAGUUUGGAGCUUGAGGCUUGUGGAACCAUUAUGCAGGACUCCAGUGACUGGACUAAACUAAUACCUGAAGUGAACAGUAAAGGUGCAGAAGAGGCUCCAACUUACAGCCUACAGUCUGAAGCAGGAAACCACUUUGAAUGCAGUGUCUCUGGCUUGCGCUGGGCCUGUAAGGAAAAGGUCAGCUUUAGGUACCAGUUUUGCUCUUGGGAGGAACCAAUGGAGAGGAUGGAAAACAUCAAAUACAUACCUGCAGGUCCCCUAAUGGACAUCACAGUCAUUGCUGGAAGGUUUGAUGAUGUGUACCUGCCACACUGGAUCUGCAUUGAUGAUGUCCCUAAAAUAUCUGACAAGUUUGCAGUCCUACACAUAGAUGACUGUGGAGAUGUUGUGGAAAAAGUGUCUGAGGUCACGUCAUCCCAUGUCAAGCUGUCUGAACCAGUUUUUUCACCAAGAGCAGUCUUGAUGAAAGUUGGCAUUCCAGUGAAAAUAAACUGUAAGGUGUUAAUAUAUCAGACCAACACAGCAUUCCUGACACUGCAUGUUUAUCUGAUCCCACGUGAUCCUGGUCUACAAGAGGCAAUGGACAAGAUGCAAUUAUCUUAUGGAUACAAAGUAAUCAGAAAGCCACAUCCAGAGAAGUCCCUGAAAAUGCGUGAUCAUUUCAUCUUAACAGCGGAUUUGAAUGGUGCAAAGAUUUCUCCUAAA